CCGCAUCCAAGUGUGAAAGUCACAUAUGCGGUACGCCUCAUCCUGACUGACCUGCUCUCGAGACAUGGCAGUUUUAUCUGGGAAUAACAGAUGAAAUGGAAUAUUUAAAAACAUCAUCCCAAUUUCGCUGGCAUGAGGGACUUUGAUCAGAAGAGCAGAUGGCGGACAAGAAUUAUGAUGAUCACAUGAUGGAGGAGAGUGAUGUGGAGGAAGUUCAAUCACAGACCAACAACAAACCCAAAUUGGCAAAUGGUCAGUGUGUUCUGGCAAUUCCAAGCUUUUCGCUAAUAAACCCGAGCUUUGAUCUCUCACUGUGCAGCGCCGCAUUGGAGAGGAACGGCUUCCAGAUUCCAAUCACAGACAUUGAGGCUCCACUGAAAUCAGCCCUGGAAGUUCCUUCAGUCAGAAGAUACAUGACUUUCAACUCGUCCCUCUUCCAUUUCAUAAUGGCGCCGUUUCUGUACGUAGUGUUGUGGUGUGCCGUUUUCUCCACCCUGCGCCUCUAUAUGACCGUCAGUGACUACUGGAUCCUGUGCCUGUGUGUCAGUCUGAUCUCUAUCUUCCUCACCACUGCCAUCAUCUUCGUUCUCAACCAAAAUAAAAAAGGGCUCGACAUGAACUUGGAUGUGCGGCUGAUCCAGGUGAAUGAGACGAUGGUCAAACACAAGCUGCUGGUGGCCGUGGCUGACUGGGUGUACAACUGCAAAGGAAGCAUGCAGCUGUACUUUGUGUAUUGGGACAUGGCUCGUUGUUUGCGAACGCUGACUGAAACUCUAGAGGAGCACAGUUUAGGGGGCAUUGACACCUGGAGCAAUCUUAAGAAGAAGAUGUCCCAUCUGGUCCUGGUGACCGAGGUCCCGAGCGGGGACCCCGAAGAAGCUCCCUCGGAUGUGGAGCAAGUUUCAGAGGAGCAGAGGCCUCUACUGAGAAAGGAAGACAGAGGCUGCACUUCCUCUUCUUCUUCAUCUAAAGUCACAACCAACUACAGUCUCAUUCCUGAUGUAUCCCUACCUGCUCAGGCUCGAGCCCACCAGCUGCUGAUGACCUACAGCGCCGCCUACGUGAAGCUGCUGGUGUCUGAUAGGCUAUCUGGAGCCUCACACCAUCACCUACAACCUCCGAGGAACCACUGCCCCACCGCGCCAUUCUGCCUUUGCCAGUUCAUCAAACUCAAGAUACUCGAAUAGCACAACAGACUGGAUGGGGAAAAAGUGGAACUAAAUGGACAAUUUGGAAUUAUACUGGAUCCCUUCUGCUACGAUUGGCUGGUGUCCAGUCCACACAAUUUCACCAAGCAAGUUUUCUUUUUUUUGCUUUGCGUUGCAAUGAAAAAUAUGCGAUACGAACGAGCUUCACAUAUACCGCUGCGCGAGGGAAGUGAAAAAUAAAAAUGGAGCCACAGUC